AUGGUCGGCGUCCCUGGGAAAUACAAAGGGUGCAAUACGUGCCGAGCUAGGCGGGUGGCAUGCGACAACGCAAGACCGCUCUGUAAGAAGUGUACAGAUUUUGGUCGAGAAUGCGGCGGGUACGAAAGGGAGACCGUCUUCAUCGUCGGCACUCCGGAUGACAAGGGGAGGUGUUCCUCUCACCCGCCACGGAACCAGCAAGGAGGCAAGAGGACGAGGGAAAAGGAGAGCCGGCAACCCGAGAAAUUAGCGCUGGCCUCGAUCCAACCACCACAACCGGCAUGGGCCGAUGUCAUCUCUCUGUCGUCGAAGCUUGGAUCCUACCGGGUCAGAUUUAUUGCCCUCCAAACGGACCUUGGUUCCGUUGUUCAAGCAAGAAAUAGAGCAUCUCGAGGGAAUAACGAAGUGACACUAUCGCUAGGCGGUUUUCGCGCUCUCGAUGUAUGUCCAACCUUCAGCCAGGAGCCCUUCAGUUUGAAGUCCCAUUGCUUCGUCCAUCUACCGUCAAAAGGGGGUAGGGAAUCGGCCGGGGACGGUCAAGAAGGAUCGUGUCUGUUUCUAUACGAGCAAAAUUCUUCGGCUGCUUAUAGAAACGAGGCGUCUUGGAAUGACCCUGCCGCGCUGGCCGACCGCAUUCGUGAAUCAGGUCCCACCGCGUACCAAUCUUUCCCAGAGCAUCACUUUUUCGCCCGGGUCUACCGACCUAACGCUAUUUGGGCCGCCCUCCUUAACCGCCAACCUAGUUUUCUCUGCUCGCCGGAAUGGACAGUGGUGCCGUGGGAGCGUCAUCCUAGAACGCCGCUCGAUGAUCUCCUCGACAUAGUCGUCCUGUUGCCGUCGCUAUUCUCACGAACAGACCGAAUUCCGCUGCUAGAGCCCACUCCUGUUCGCUAUUUGAAAGCGAAAGAGCUCCUGAACAACUGCGUCAACAUCGAGCGACAAUUCGAUAUUUGGUACGGUGUGUUGCAUCAACGGAUUGACGAGUCCAGAGUCCCACCUUAUUGGAUGGCAGAGACGAUGAACGGCGGUACGCAUGUACCAUUCGCCGAUGCGUAUCAAUUCCCGUCGCCCUUGAUGGCGCUAGUACAUGUGUACUACUGGGCAGUCCUUAUCGGAUUUCACCAGUGCGUGUAUGCGCUGCUACAGAUUGUCUUCGAGUCUGGUGGUGAGAACUCUGUGGAUCCUAGUAUGCCUCCUGAACUCCCCCCAGGGAUAGACCUUCAGAGAUACCAACCGGCCCAGAUCGGGAUCCUCGCCGGAAAUGUGUGUCGAAGUCUGGAAUACGCCCUCAAUAGCACAGGACAGCCGGACCUAUUGGCAUCGCCGCUCUGGGUCGUGAGCAACUUUUAUAGCGGAAUGCGUCGGUUUGGUGGUGGUGAGAUGGAGCACCUCUGGUGUACUGGCUUCAGGGGAAGACUGGAAGCCAAGGUAGACAAGAUGAAUCUGUGGUUACGGGAAAGAAAAUGGACAGAGAUCCGGAAAUUUGGGUAG